AUGAACGCGAUAGUGGAAGCUUUUGCCUUCUUCCUGGGCUUUCUUGGCUGGCUGAUGGUUGGGGUUGCCCUUCCAAAUCGAUACUGGAAAGUCUCUACAGUGGAUGGUAACGUUAUCACCACAUCAACCAUCUAUGAAAACCUAUGGAUGUCCUGUGCAACUGACUCUACAGGAGUUCACAACUGCCGGGAUUUUCCAUCUUUGCUUGCACUUAAUGGAUACAUACAGGCCUCCCGAGCACUGAUGAUCGCUGCCAUUGUGUUUGGGACAUUUGGGCUCGUGGCUACUCUUGCAGGAAUGCAGUGCUCUAAAAUAGGAGGAGAAAACUACGUCCUGAAGGGGAGGAUUGCUGCAAUUGGAGGAGUGUUCUUUUUACUACAGGGGAUGUGCACCAUGAUUGCUGUGUCUUGGUAUGCAGCCAACAUCACACAGGAGUUCUUUGACCAGUUUUAUCCAGGGACAAAAUAUGAAAUCGGAGAGGGCUUGUAUAUCGGUUGGUCUUCAGCCACACUUGCCAUUUGUGGUGGUUCAUGCCUGAUAUGUGCUUGCAAAAUCAAAACACCCAAUGAGAAAAUACCGUAUCCAUAUCAGCCCUCUUCCAGAGGACGUGUGCUGUCAACUGUGGAAAUGUCUCAGUCUGUCCCAAGCAACUAUGGAAGAAAUGCAUAUGUCUGAAAGGUCAUUAUGAAGGAAGGAAAACCGAUGGGGUAAAAGUCAAUUCAAUGGCUGGAUUAUGUGUUUAAUGAAGAAACAGUUUAUUAUUCUAAACGCUCUAUGAGAGGGCAGUAUUUACAAUGGAAAAUGCAUACUCAUGAUCACUGUACAGAAGUAACCAUGAUUUGACUUGGGGGAUUUACCGGCUUUAUCUAAACCUUUUAGUGCCACAUAUUUGCUGUAUAUGAAAUGUAUGUGAAAACUGCUUCAAUAUUCCAGCGUAUAUGUACCUCAGUAACUUGCUGUGGGCUUACUAAGAGAAAUUGCAACAUAAUGAGUACAAGAUUACAAAAUACAUAUUGACAUGUAACAUGUCCAGCAUGUGAAGGGAAUCCCAGUACAGGACCAUUUCUAUCACAAUAAACUAGAAAUAUCUUUCAUUAA